UGGACGGCGGUCUUUGCGGAGCAGGGACUCAGGAAUGUGGAGACCAGCAGCUACGUCACCCUCAAAUCGCCUGGGAUCCCGUCGAUAGAAAACUUUUUAAAAAGCUAUGAAUUAGCAACACAGUCCUGAAGGGACGCUCGCCGCUGUCUCCAUGGUAACGUGGCGGACGCCCAGCCUCGGUUGUCGCUUUGUGCUGCUUUUCCGAAGGGGGCGGAACCGGAGAGGAGCGACGGCUCGUCGAUUUCUCUCUCCGAUUAAAGGCAAAACCAGUCGAAGAUGCCAUUUCACGAAGGAGUCUACUACCCCUACACCAGUGACACCCAGGGGACCCAUUCAUCAGCAGGGAUCCCCUCUCUGCUGAAUUCCCCGCUCAGUCAGAACUCUGUAAAUGGCCAUGCUGCAUCAUCCGCACCGGGCAUGACUCCAUCCAGUACCACCUCCACCUUUCUCCCUUUCAAGUUCCGCCUGCGCAGGGAGAGCGUGGACUGGCGGCGGAUCGGUGCGGUGGAUGUAGACUUAGUAGUGAGCCAGCUGGACGUGGAUGCCCUCCAGGAGCACAUCAGCACGGUGACCUUCUGCAGCUUGGAGGGGGAGCGAUGCCAGCGGUGCCAGAGCCCCGUGGACCCGGCUCUGGUGAAGCUCCUGCGCCUGGCUCAGCUAACGGUGGAAUGGCUUCUCCAUUGUCAGGAGUUCCUCACCCUCAAUUUGCGUGCAGUGGAGGAGAAGCUGUCGGCAGCUGGCAGGGAGCAUGAGCAGCUGCUGGCUCAGCAGCAGAAGCAGGAGGAGAAGGUGAAGGCGCUGACCGCAGAGCUCAAGCAGCGGAAGAAGGUUAUCCGCACCCAGCAGUCGCUGCUCGCCCCACGGAUCACCAGCAGCCACAAGUGUCUGCAUUGUGAGAAGUCGUUCCUGAAUUCCUCCUUUCUCCAGAAUCAUGUGCAGCGGAGGCACCCGGAAGAGUAUGAGAUCCAGCUGCAUUCUCACAGUGAGCAGAAAUCUCAGAUUGAUAGUCUCAAAUCAGAGAUCAGCAGUCUGAAGGAGCAGAUUGUUCAGCAGCAGCAGGUCUUAGAAGCCAAAAUAGCUCAGGAGAAAGAGCAGCAAUCGAUGCACAAAGACUUGCUGAGGGAGCUGGAUCGCUUUAAGGCUGAGGAGAUGGCGCGCAUGGACAGAAAGAUCGAAGACAGCAGGGACGGCAUGCGCAGGGAGAUGGAAUUUCUUUACAACCGAAACAUUCAAGCUCUCAAUGAAGUAAAUCAGAAUCAGACAGCCAAGCACGAAAGGUCAGUCAGCCCUGUGCACUCACAGCUAGAGAGAGAUGUGGACAUGUACAAAGAGAGGCAGAUACAAGCCAUCCAAAAGAUGGAACACCAGCUGAAGAAACAGGAUAAAAAGUGGGAAUCCAGACUGCAAGAAAUUAAAGCUCAGCACGAGUCUGAAAAGAAUCAGCUGCUGAACGAGCUGAGCAGAAUGCAGUCGUCUUUAUCGGAGCAGCAGGAGCGCAGCCAGAGGCUGCAGCAGGAGAUGGGAAAGCGGCUGCAGGAAAAGGAGCAGACCAUCAAGGCUCAGAGGGAGCAGAUAAAGAGCAUUUCCUCAAACCAGCCUACAAAAGUAGUGGAAGUACCAGUCAUGGUCAGCGCCCUGGCUUCGGAGCCUAAACAAAGAAGAGUCGUACUCGACUCAAGCAGCAACUCAGACAGACGGCCAGCGGAGAAGAAGCCUGAGCCCACUCCAGAGAAGAAGCCAAAGGCGAACACCAGUGCUGUGAAAAGGAACUCCAACAUAAAGAGAGAGAUGCGACCGGAGCUUGAACAGACUCUGAUCAAGAAGCUGGAGAACCUGGGAGUCAAGCCUGAUCAGAGUGGCCUAAAGAACAAGGAGCUCACUAUGAUUCUGGCCAAGGUGCAUUCAAAGCAGCAGAGCAUUGCAAAGACAAUGCCUGACUACUGGAGCCACCGGGAAGAGAUCAUGAGCAUUGUGGAGCAGAAGCUGGGUGCUCAGAGCACCAGAAAUCCUGCUGCAGACUCUCAGGCCAGAUCCAGACACCCUGCUCAAGUGUUGCAGAUCCGUCCUCGUUCCAGCAGCCUGCCUUCCAGAGCGAGCCAGGGGAUGUCUGCAGUCAGGCAGCCUAAGACUCCACAGCCAGCACCAAGGACCAAGACCACCACCCAAUACAAAACCUCUACGCCCAACACCAAGGCUGCCUUAAAGAUCCGCUCUACCAGGACCCCUCCCUUCAGUUCAGAGGAGGACUCUGAGGAUGAUGUCACAGAUGAAGAUGAGGAACAGCCCCUAAAGCACCAGCAGGGAAAAUCACCACAACCCAGGCUAAACCAAGCUACCCCAAUCCAAAUCAGAGCUGGCAAAGCCAGUCCUGUCCAGGCCAGGCAGGCGCCUGCUUUCAGCCUUCAGCAGCCCCGAGUGUCAGUGGGUAGUGUGACCAAGACUGCAGUCACAAAAAUGGAGAAUGAUCAUGAGGAGGAUGAUUGGUCGAACGUCAGCGAGCUGCAGGAGAUUGACCCCAGACAGCUGCAGAGUUACAAAGACCAGAAUGGAAAUGUGGAGAAGAAGAACCACGGGAAAGAGAAUAAAAUCAGUGAACUGGCCAGAAAUAUGGAGAAGCAGUUUGCUGAGAGAGCAGUCAAGAAACCAGCAGGGGGCGUUAGCAUCUUACCAGAGAGGGAGGAUGAGGUUCAGGAAAUCACUUAUACAGAUCUAGAGGAGAGCAGCGAGUGGAUGGUCUCCUCCUUAGAGGACAGACAGGAUGUGUUCAAGCCAGCCCAGGGCUCUGGACCAAUGAGGAAGAGCCUGGACUCACAGAGCACCAGCAUCUGGGGAACCUCCACAGGAAAGGGUCCUAAAUCAGGUCUGCCUGAAGCUGGAACAGGAAGUACGCUGAAGAGCAGCCUGUGCUCCCUCAGUGACAUCAGUGACUCCGAGGACAUCAGCUGAUCACACACAAAGACCUCUGAACUCCUCUGACAUCUACAAUCAACGCCAAAGAGCCAUUUUUUAUACUUCUACCCAUGAAAGCUAUAAAACAGAGGAAAGCAAUAUUUAACAAAGGGAGCUAGGAUUCAGGGGUUGGCAUAUAAAAGGUGACCAUCUAAUAAAUAACAUAGUGCCGAUUCUCUUCUUGCCUUAGACAUUUUUACCGUUUAUCUUUUAAUAGAGCCUCUUCUGCUUUUUCACUUGCGUACAAGCUAAACUCAAAAUGAGGUACUGAUUUUGGUACUCUAUGUAGAUUGUGUAAAAUUUUGUAUAUCAAAUUUUAUACAUGUGACAAAUGGAGCAAUGAAAUGUGACUGUAUAAAAUAUUUAUAC